AGUAGGCGGAUCCAAAACACGCUACGGAAUGUUGAACACGAAAAUCGUGGUGCUGUCAAAUCGGCUUAAGAAAUAGCGGGGACGGGGAGAGAACAAUACAAUACACAUCACAUGUUGUAGCCUGCGACUCUUACAGAAGAGCAGAUUUAAACUGCGACCAUGGCACUGGAAAGUUUUGAGGAUGAAUUUUGCGGCAUCAAGGACGAGUGUACUCAUCUUCAUUAUUCAAGCGUCUGCCAGAAGAGUUGCAGAAACUGCAACAUUUUCUUCUGCUUCUUCCUCGUGUCCCUCUCACUGCACGUUGUCACGCUUUCGUGCGUUCUGGACCUACGAUCCGAGUGGAAACGAGAACUUCGCACGAGACACGACGAGCCCGUUAUCGUCGCUGCAGGAGAUAUGGAGAGAAGAGCGGAUCCAAAAGAACUAAUAUUCAGUUUAUAUGAUAUCCCAGCACAAAACCAUACUUUUACCCACCUAACAGAAGAAAACAUAAUCAGUUUUUGGCGAACAAAAAGAGCAACUAAAGGCAGGAAAAGUUUGCAAGGCACAACUGGUCCAACUGGGCCUGCAGGUCCUCCAGGACCACAAGGACCCCCUGGCAUUCCUGGUAUUCCUGGUAUUCCUGGCAGCAAUUGUUUAGGCUCAUUGGGUCUCCCUGGACCUUCAGGUCUGAGGGGCCCUCCAGGCCCACUAGGGCCAGCAGGAUCUGUUGAUAAAACCAAAGCAAGAGAUUUACAGUCUGCUGUUGUUCACUUGCAAGGCCAAGAAACAACCAUACUAGGAAGAGAAGAUCUUCGAGAGAGUUUGCUGAAAAACUGGAAGAUGGUCUUAAACCACCACAAGGUUUUCAAGUUGCACUCACGCUCUGGAGAGUUAGAGGUGCUCAUGGAUGGCAUCUACUUCAUCUAUAGUCAGGUAGAAAUCUACUAUCUCAACUUCAUGGACAUAGCAAGCUACGAAGUGCUGGUGGAUCGCUUACCAUUUCUGCGCUGUACAUGUAGCUUUGAGACGAGACAACGCAAGUUCAACACAUGUUAUACAGCUGGUGUGAACAUUCUGCGUGCCCACCAACGCAUUUCCAUCCGCAUUGUUUAUGAGGACUUGUUCAUCAGCAUGACAGAUCAUUCCACUUUUCUAGGCAGUGUGCGCCUGGGAGAUGUGCCUUCUUCUGGUCACUUUUAAAUACAGAGAACAUUAUCGCCUUAUGAGUCAUCAUCCAGCCAAUGUUUACAUUUAUUUGCACUAAAAUGCCUAAUAAUACUGCUGUCUGUGUUUUACCAGCUUUUAUAUUAAAUUGGAUAAAUCACUUUGCACUGUACAUUCAAUAAUUUACUCAAUGUAUAUUUGUAUAUAAAAUUAAAGAUAUUUUUGCAUAUUGAAUUUGAAUAAAUGCUUAUGUAUUCAUUAUUUGGCCUGUGGCUUUUAAAAAAUUGCAUUACUAUGUAUCUCAAACAUAAGAUGCUAAACAACGUGUCAGUGAAAAUCUUAAAAAAUAAAAUUUACU